GAAUGGACCGAAUUCGUCGAAUCGGCUGUAGAAGGAAUUGUAGUAUUUACACUGGGUUCACAGGCUAACAUCGGCGAAGACUUGGAAAAAGCAACAAAGUUUGUUAAAGCGUUUGCCAGAUUGCCGCAAAAAGUUAUUAUGAAAUACGAAGGGAAUCCACCAAAUGGCCUUGGCGAGAACACCAAACUUAGCAGUUGGAUUCCACAAAAUGAUCUUCUAGCUCACCCAAAUACCAAAGCAUUUAUAAGCCACGGAGGUAUCAAUGGAGUAAACGAGGCUAUCUACCACGCAGUGCCUUUUAUUGGCAUGGCUUUAUUUGCGGAACAGUUGGAGAAUGUAGAAAGACUCGUUAACAAAGGAAUGGCAAUUUCUUUAGAUUCAAAAUCCUUCACAGAAGAUGAUGUCUACAAUGCUGUAAAAAAGGCGAUUGAAGACCCAAGGUACAAAGACAAUGCCGCUAGAUUAUCCAGUAUCCAGAGAGAUACUCCAAUGCCUCCAGGAGAUACAGCUGUAUAUUGGGUUGAACACAUUUUGAAGUUUGGCGGUGAUCACCUCAAACCAUCAUCCCUCGAACUAAAUUUAGUCCAGUAUUUACUUCUCGACAUUGCCGUGUUUUUACUGAUUGUCGUAGCCAUUGUCAUUAUUAUUGCAAAGCUAGUAAUGAAGCAGAUAUUUAAAAUCUGUUGCAAACUAACGGAUGUCAAAUUGAAUAGAAAAAAAAACAGUGAUAAAAUUAAUUAG